AUGGACGUCAUAUCCAGGGCCUACAUUGCACCGUUUUUGGAGGGUGGGUCCAAGUACAGUCAAAUUACGAAGAAAAAAGACCGUCAGAUCGUCAUUAAUCCAACGCAAAGGGAGUGGUUACGGAAGUACGAACAGAGGGCGUUAUGUGUGGACGAUACGUUCAACCUAACGUCCUACUCGCUAAGAUUGGCCACUGUAAUUGUUGCGAAUGAAUGGGAUAGGGCUCUUCCAGCGGCAUACCUCCUCUCUUAUAGGAUGACCGAGGUAGAGGUCGGCAUAAUUUUUGAGCACGUGAAAAAGCUCCUGCCUUCCUUCCACACAGAUUACUUCAUGACGGAUGACACGAACACGUUCUGGAACGGCUUCAAUAAGGUGUUUCAACCAUCUUCGACCAAGCGGCUCUUAUGCUUAUGGCGUGUGCAGCAGGCAAUGAAGGGGAACGUCAACACAAAACUCAUCAAUGGCGAGCUCUUCGAGCCUUUCCUCAAGAUGAGAGAAAUCUGCCUCGUCCGUAAAAGAAACGUGUUCGUGGUGAAGUACACGUCGAUGUUGAAGUAUCUUCGUGAGAAUGAAGAAACUGUACUCACCUCCCACAUGGAAAAUACAUGGAGCGAUAGAGUGGACAGUCGGGCGGCUAGGCACGAAAUACUAGAGGGGAAGGCAAACGUCAGGGCAAACAGACUUCUCCAGCUGCUGAUAGCAUUAACUACCGAAGUGGAAGAAGAAAGAGAUAUCAUGAAGGAGAGAGAGCUGGAGGAAGGAAGGUACAAGCUCCAGCAGCAUCAUAAGGCGCACACGUUGGCUGUCAGCAGAUACUGUGGACAGCAGCAACUUGUCGCUUUAGCUGGUCCUGGGACCUGGGAAGUGAAAGACAAUGGCAAUGUAUGCGUGGAGGAGCAGUACUGUCCAUGCGACGAGAAGUUCAACAAUCAUUGCCGCAGAAAAGGGUGUGGUGAAUGCCCCUAA